AGCAUCUGGUGGCCACAGGUUGGCAUUGAAGAUGUCCGGGACAGCGCGCCAUGACCGAGAGAUGGCAAUCCGGUCCAAGAAAAAGCUCACCACAGCCACGGAUCCUAUUGAAAGCCUGCGAUCGCAGUGCCUGGCCAGGGGCUCUGCAGGUAUCAAAGGACUUGGCAGAGUGUUUCGAAUUAUGGAUGACAAUAACAACCGAACACUUGAUUUCAAAGAAUUUUUGAAAGGGUUAAAUGAUUAUGCUGUAGUCAUGGAAAAGGAAGAGGCAGAAGAACUUUUCCGGAGGUUUGAUAAAGAUGGAAGUGGAACAAUAGACUUCAAUGAAUUCCUUCUCACACUAAGACCUCCAAUGUCCAGAGCCAGGAAAGAGGUAAUUAUGAAAGCUUUCAGAAAGCUAGACAAAACUGGAGAUGGUGUUAUAACAAUUGAAGACCUUCGUGGGGUAUAUAAUGUAAAACAUCAUCCAAAGUACCAAAAUGGAGAAUGGACAGAAGAACAAGUCUUCAGGAAAUUUCUGGAUAACUUUGAUUCACCUUAUGAUAAAGAUGGAUUGGUUUCAAAAGAAGACUUUUUGAACUAUUAUGCAGGUGUUAGUGCUUCUAUCGACACGGAUGCCUAUUUCAUUUUGAUGAUGACAAAAUCCUGGAGAUUGUGAAUUUUGACUAAGCAUUCUUUGAAAAAUGAUGCUCUCUCAUGGAGUGGAAUGAACUUGAAAGAAGUCCAGCAUGAAGGAUUUUGAUCAAGUGUAAACUGAAUUGUCUGAAAGACCUGAAAGUUUAAAAGCAAUAGAUCUUUCAGCAAUCCUCUUGACUGCCUGGAAUGUGUUUACUUCUACAUAUGCCUGCUGAUAUAACUUAAAAGAAAAAGGAUAGGAAGAAAGAAACAAAUGGAACCAGGAAUUGAGAAUGGAAAGUGGUUUCUAGUUUUAAAAAUGAGUGUACUUGUUACAAGUGUAGGUGUAAAUGUAGACUUUCCCCAAACCUUUUUCUUAUUUGAUGUCCUGAGACUCUAUGGGUGAACAUGAUAAUUAAAAAAGUAAA